AUGAAUGCUUUGUUGGAAAAUAUUGAGGAUACAGGGGAGGCUGGGCCAAGUGGUUUGCCGGUGGAGAGUCUUGGUAUUAAUUUGGAGGAAGAUGGCAAAGCAGUGGUAUCAGUUGUAGGGGAUACUCACGUGUCUGAGAAUGUAGGGGAUGUUCAGGGGAUGUUAGGGACUGUUGGGAGUAAUGUCAAGGGGUGGACUGGCAGUAUAGAUAUGAUGCUGUCUAGGCAAGAACAGGUGGAAACUGAUAAUAUUUCAGGAAAAAAAUUGAAUGGUGGUUCUGCGGAAAUUGAAAAUGUUGAGAUUAAUCUAAUUGGGUUGGAAAGGUCUACGCUUGAGGUUAGUAACGAAACUAGUGACCAACCCGUGAGGAAUUCAAACUUUGAUGAUGUGGUGAUUGAGGAUUGGAAUGAAGAGGAGGAAGCGGAUAAUGGGCUAGGCCUCAAAUCGUCUCGGAGGAGGUUGUGUAAAUUGGUAAGGAAGUUGCAUUUGAAUUUUCUUAUGUUAGCUGAGUCUUUUGCUGAUGAUCAAAGAAUGGUUGCAUUGAAACAAUUGUUGAGAUUUGAUUGCUGUUUUUCUAAUUUAUGCGUUGGUGGUAAACUCUGGUUAUUAUGGAAAGAAGAUUUGCAAAUAUCGGUUGUUAGUUAUAGUGCCCAGCAUGUGACUAUCUCUAUGUGUAUGGAUAACCGGAAUUUUGUUGUUUCUGUGGUGUAUGCCAAGUGUAAUCAUGUAGAAAGAAGAGAACUCUGGAGAGUGCUACAAUUAGACGCGGUCCAAGAUGCACCUUGGUUAUGCCUAGGUGAUUUUAAUACUAUUCGAGGGGAGGAGGAACAUUGUGGUGGUAGACCAAGACUGAGCGCUGCCAUUGAUGAGUUUAAUGAGUUUAUUGAUAAUUAUGGUUUCAUUGAAAUGAAAACUGUUGGAAGUAAAUUCUCUUGGUGUAAUGGUCAGAGGGGUUUAGCUCGGAGUUGGUCGAAAUUAGACAGAUGCUUAAUGAAUGUUGUGGCUGCGGAUGUUUUUCCUAAUGCUUGUUGUAAAUAUAUGGCUCGCUCAACUUCUGAUCAUACACCUUUGUCUUUUGUUUUUAAGAAUUUGGGUACUCGUUAUGGACCUUCCUCCUUUAAAUUUCAGCAAAUGUGGGUGUCUCAUAGCAAUUUUUUGAAUGUGGUUAAGGAAAAUUGGUCUGCAUCGGUUGAUACUAUGGGGCUUAUCGGUCUUGCUACAAAGUUGAAGAAGUUGAAAAUAGUUUUGAAGGAUUGGAAUCGACAUAUCUUUGUGCAUACUGAUACAAAUAUCCAAGCUUUGGAAAAUAAAAUUGAACAGCUAGAAACUCAACUUCAGGUGGGUUUUUCAGAAGAUGUAGAGCGGGAUCUACUGGGGGCCAAGGAAGAUCUUGAGAUGUGGAUGCAAAGAGAAGAAACUAGGCUCUCACAACAUGUGAAGCUUAGGUGGAUGGAAAAAGGUGAGGCUUCAGCUCAGUUUUUUAAAACUUUUGCUUCUUUAAAAAAGCCCAUAGUGCAGGAAAUGAGGUGUCCUGAUGGGACGUGUUUGGAUUCCCCAGAAGCUAUUCAUUUAGGGGCUGUGGAUUAUUUCAAUUUGUUUCUACAGGCUCGGGCUCAUAGAGAGCUUCCUGAUUUAUCAUAUUUGGUACAAAAUUCCAUUCUUGAGGAGGAAAAUGAUAACCUCCUUCAGCUCCCCUCGAUCCAAGAGGUUAAAGAGGCUAUGUUUUCCAUUCCGGUUGACAGUAGUCCGGGCCCCGAUGGCUUUGGUUCUGGUUUCUAUAGAGCAUGCUGGGAUAUUGUUGAAGAUGAUGUAGUGGCAGCGGUUCGGGAUUUCUUCAUUGGCAAUUCAAUGCCGAGAUUCUAUUCAGCGUCUUAUAUUGCUCUCAUUCCAAAAAUGCAAAAGCCUACUGGUUUUGAUAAGUUCCGCCCUAUCAGUUUAUGUUCAGUGGUGUACAAAGUGUUUUCCAAAAUCCUGGUUCGCAAAUUAUCCCCUAUUAUGAAUAAAAUUAUCUCUCCGGAACAAGGUGCUUUUCUUCCUGGGAGACGUAUCUUUGAAAAUAUUUCUUUGGCUCAAGAAAUGAUACACAUGCUUAAUAAGAAGGUUAGAGGAGGUAAUACUGUUAUUAAAAUAGACAUGGCCAAGGCUUACAACAGUAUAGAUUGGGAUUUCUUAAUUCAUGUUAUGGCUUUGUUCGGGUUUUCUGAGCGGUUCUGUAGCUUGAUCAGAACUUGUAUUUCAACUCCUUGGUUCUCGGUGGUUAUGAAUGGUUCGGCUAAAGGUUUUUUCUCUAGUGGGCAUGGAUUGCUUCAAGGUGAUCCUCUUUCACCUUAUUUGUUUAUUCUCGUUGAGGAAGUACUUUCCAGACUUUUAAAGCACAAGUUUACUAAUGGGAAUAUUGUCCCGUUCUCGCAUCCCCGAGGUACGCCUCUUGUUUCUCAUCUUUUAUAUGCUAAUGAUAUUGUGUUAUUUGUAAAUGGUGGAAGAUCUUCUCUUCAAGAAGUCAGGGAUAUUUUUGCGACAUACGAAGAAUGGUCUGGUCAAAUGGUGAGCAAGGAAAAAUCUUGUAUCUUUUUCUCUAAACAUGCGACUGUUGGUCGGAAAAGGAGUUCUUUAAUGUUGACAUCUUUCUCUGAAGGGUUUUUCCCGGUAAAGUAUUUGGGUGUUCCUCUAAUGGUAGGUCGGAUGAAACUCUCGUAUUUUGAUGAUUUCUUGUGCUGCAUUAGACAGAAAUUGGAAGGAUGGCAGAAUCGGUUUUUACCCUCGGGAACUCGCCUUCUUUUAUUAAGACAUGUUCUUGCUAGUAUGCCAAUUCAUUUAUUAUCUGUUUUGCAUGCUCAUAAGGCUGUCAUGACAACCUUAAAUCCUAUUAUGAGUAAUUUCUUCUGGGGUUCCUGGAAUGGAAAGCAAAAGCGUAAGUGGGUGGCUUGGGAAAAGAUUUGUUCUCCGAUUCGAGAAGGGGGUUUGGGUCUUCGGAAAUUAAAGGAAGUUCAAGACUCUUUGUUUAUGAAGCUUGCUUGGAAUUUGUUAACAGGUGACUCGUUAUGGGCUAAUUUUUUCAAGCAAAAGUAUGUAAAGAAUCAGCAUGUGACGUUGGCAGACCAACGGAAAGGAACUUUAUUUUGGAAGCAAAUUGUGGGUAUGGUCCCAAAGGUCUUGGGCAAUUCUUGGUGGCGAGUUCGGAAUGGUGAUGUGUCCUUUUGGAGAGAUCCUUGGCUAAAAUCGGGAGCUCUUUUCAAUUCUUGUGAGAUAAUUGAAUAUCCCCUGCUAAGAGUAAGGGAAUGUAGGCUUCAACUUGGAUGGGAUGUGGAUUUGUUAUAUCAUUUGGUGGGGGAAGCCAAAAUGGAAGAAAUUCUAAAUUGCCUAGGGGAACAAAAAGAGGGUGGGGAUUUAUUGAUUUGGAAGCCAAAUCUGAAUGGGGUUUUUUCAUCGAAAUCGGCUUGGGAUUGUGUUCGUGUUCGUGCACUGAAAUCUGAAUGGGCUUCUUGGAUUUGGCACUCAGCGCUUCCAAAAAAAUAUUCAGUUACUAUUUGGAAGGCUUUUAAUUCUAGCCUUUCUGUUGAUAGUAGAAUUAGCUCUUUGGGCAUCCCUUUGGUUUCUAAGUGUGAAUGUUGUACACAGGGGUGUGUGGAAGAUCAGGAUCAUGUCCUCGCAACUGGGAAGAUUGCUGGCGCUAUAUGGAGGUGUGCCUCUCUACAGCUGGGGAUUCCAUAUGACCCUCAGAGAUCAUGGAGAGCAACUGUGGAAGUAUGGUUUCGGCGUGCAGCUCAUUCGACUCAAAAUGGUACUUUGAUUGCUCUUAUUCCUAUUAUUGUGACUUGGUCUCUUUGGGUGUGGAGAUGUAAAGCACGUAUGGAAGGUAAACGAGUUGCUGUGAGUUCUCUCUGGAGCUCCAUUAAGGCAGCAAUUGCAUGGGUGGGAGUUCGCCUACGUGCUAGUAGAAAGAUGAAUGAUGGAGAUGAAAAAGUGUUAAAUUUUUUUUCUAAUCCUUUGAAACCUGUGAAGAGAAAGGAAAUUCAUUUUGUGCAAUGGGUGAAAUCGGCCGUGGGUUGGUUCAAAUUAAAUGUGGAUGGGAGUUCUUUGGGAAAUCCAGGUCGAAUGGAUGCAGGGGGUAAUAUUCGAGAUGAGAAGGGGAAUCUUACUUGGGCUUUCGCAAAAGAUCUGGGUCAUGGCUCUAAUAAUGAAGCUGAGCUUAUUGCUCUUUUUUAUGGUCUCCAAUACUGUAAGGACCUAUUCAUUCGAAGAGUGGAGAUUGAACUAGAUUCGUUGCUGGUGGUUCAUUGGUUAGAAAAAGGGAGGUGUGGCAAUGCAGGAGCUGAUUUUUUGGCUCGUAUAGCGUCGGAUCAGAAGAAUGGUACGUGGAAUUCGUAUAAUGAAGUGCCUCAUUUGCUCAAAGGGAUACUGAAAGUUGAUAAACUUGGCAUCCCAGCGAUUCGUUUAUAG